AUGGACGCCAGUGGGAGGCAACAGUUCCCAGGGCAACAGUUCCCGAGCCAACACUAUCCCGGCCAGCAUUUCCCGGUUCAUCAAAGCUACACGUGGCCCAAACGUUACACCAGGCCCCACCCUCCCCCCUCUGGUCUCCCCCAGUACUACCCGUUCACCUACUCCCAGUACCUACCACAGCAUGUCCUUGCUUCCCACCCGAGCCUUCCCAACUACGGCCCCGCUUCCCUUAACCUCCCGCACGCAUACACGUCCCUGGGCCGGUACCCUGGGUACCACAGCAUUCCAAGACUCGAUCACAGCCCAGGGGCGUACAGUGAGCCUUUCAGGAGUGGGCGCAUCACGAGUCCAUUUGGUGGAGAGCGGGCCAUACUGACAGGAGACUUUUACAGCAAUGCAGUUGAAGACGCGCCCAAGCCGAC